CUUCGCCUUCGCUUCAUCCACAUCAUCCAUCCACGCCAUGACAUCCACCGCCGCGCGACCAAUACCACGCGACGGGCGUCUUCUCGCCCUUAUCCUCGCGAGUAAGGGGAUCAGCGACGCCGAUGACCGCGUCAUUCACCAGCUCCUCGACUUCGCGCACCGGUACACCGCUGAUGUUUUGGGCGCGGCUCAGCAGCUCGCCGACCAUGCGGGGCGGUCAGGCGCGCAGGCUAAUCGCAUCGAGAAGGAGGACGUCGAGCUUGCCAUCCAGAUGCGCAGGCGGCACGAAUUCGUCGAGCAGCCUCCCCGGGAUUAUCUCGCCAAUCUCGCACAUGAGCUCAACUCCGUGCCCCUCCCGCCGUUGCCGGAGUCGUUCGAAGUCGUUCGCCUCCCGCCCGCGUCGCAGCGCCUCACAGAGGUCACGUUUGAUCUCGUUCCCACCGACGCGGCUAUGGUGCUCAGCGACGACGGCGUGUCCGAGUCGGAGAGCGAGAGCGAGAGCGACGCGGAUGGCGAGGAGGACGACGAGCCAGAGGUCCAAGACGCUGAGGGCGAGGACGAUGAGAUGGAAGAGGUUGUGCCCGGCGGGGCCGCUCCCCAGCGCGACGUCGACGUUGACGAGGACUAUGACGCGUAGAGUCAGUGAAGGCGCGAUGAAGCUGAGCUCAAGCGAGCUUCAGCGACGCCGCCGUAGAUCUGGGCCUCCGCGCACAUGUAUGCCUAUUGAACAUGCAUAGAUGUACCAUGUAUUGUGAUCUUGGCCCAACCC